AUGAAGAGGCAGCGUGAUGCAGAUGAGAUAGUGUUGCAGCCUGCUACAAAGCGCACAAAGACCUCCCGCGUUGACCAUCUGUCACGGCUCAGCGAUGAAUUAAUACUCCGUGUGCUCGGGGCUUUGUCGGUGUCACAACUCAUAGUCUGCGAGAGACUGUCUCGCAAGUACAGAUCCUUGGCUGGUGAUAAUAGCCUGUGGAAAGGCCUGUACUACCACAACUUCGUGCGGCCUAGAGCGACCAGGCUACGGCAGUCCAGAGACAGGGACGAAGUUGACGGGGACAGAUUCCUAAGCUCGGGAGGCUCGCGUUGGCUCGAUGACGAGCAUUUGGUUCGUCAUGAAGGUCGCACGAAUUGGAAGAAACAGUUUCGACUGCGGCAGAAUUGGCAGAAGGGCAGUGCUGUGGUCAAUGAAAUACAGGUGGCGGAGGAAGCCAGCGUACCACCCACUCUUGUCCAGAUGAAUGACGGUAUAAUCUAUAUGGCCGACCGAACAGGCUUACGAGCCUGGUCUGCGAAGGGCUCACGCAAGAUGGUAGCUCAGACAUCUCUAGAAGCCCUUAAUGGGUCACCACCCACGACUCUUGCAGUGGGACCUGGACUAGACGAUGAAACGACAACAGACACGACCGCAAUCAUCGUUGGAUCACAAAGUGGCGCAUUCAGCGUGUUCACUCUGGACAAAAGGGAAGCGGACCUCUGCCAUCUGUGUACGCACGAGCCUUCGACCAGUGGUACCAUCUCUUCCGCUGCCAUUGCCUGGCCUUAUGUGGUUACAAUGACAGCCACGCAGUCACUGUCCUUCUAUCGCUUUCCAGAACGGCCGCGGCAUACUAAUAAUCGGGUGCAGCCGCGGUUGCUACAUUCUCUCAAGUCGCAGACUGUGUAUCCUCCACUUUCGGUCUCCCUCCGGCCUUCUCCAUCUACAAUCACAGUCUGCAUAGCCUAUACUUUGCCGACAUAUCUUUCUGGCUGGACUUUUGGCCUUCAAGAAAUCCGUGUCACGCCUGGAGGCGACUUUCUAGGCUCUAGAACAGCGUCUGCGAUCGAUCAACAUUAUCGGCCCCUGGCGUUUGCUAUUCCACCCAUGAUACAUCACAUCACUGCAACUCAAGGCUCGUUAGCAACGGCGACUACCUUGGAGCUCAGGCAUAUCCACUCAAAGCCAACUACGAUCUCCUACGCACAUCCUUAUCUUUUGGUAUCUCAUCCAGACAACACACUGACGCUCUACCUGGUGAAAUCCAACGCAGAGACUCUACACAUCAGCCCAGGUAGUAGACUCUGGGGCCAUACAUCCUCGGUUUCCGGCGCGCACGUAGGCGGACGCGGUAAGGCCGUUUCCGUAAGUCAAAGGGGCGACGAACUGCGAUUGUGGGAACUAGAAGGUGGCUUUGUGUCCUCCGCCGCACGCAAGCGAUUAGCUAGCGGCGACCUGAGUGUCCAAGUCCAGCCUAGUGUGGCAACGUCGACCAGCCAGCGUCCAGGACAAGGAGAUCCGAAUACUCUCGGUCUGGCGAUGUCCGUGAGAAGCAGUUGCGCCAGGGAGCAAAGUUCCUCGGAGUUAACUCUAACCAGGGGCUGGAUUGGCUUUGACGAGGAGAACGUAGUAGUGCUUGAGGAGCAGAGCCAAGGCAGGCAAGCACUGCUGGUCUACGACUUCACGUGA